AUGGUGCCACGAAUUGCAAAAAAACCAAAGCAUGCAAGAGUGACAUUCUUUGCUUCAAAAGUCCACGGCCAAACCACCUUCAAGUGCAAUCUUAGACGCCAUCUACAAAAGUUGCAUGUGUCAGAAGAUUUCACAAACAAUGGCCCAAUUGAAAAUCUCAACAAUGUUCAUGAUUGCGAAAUCAAUCAAUCUUCUGUUCCUGAAAAUGGAGAUUCAUUGUGUGAAGACAAAGACACUGAUUCCAUUAUAGGAAAUAUGACGGACACCAAGCUUGACAACGAUUCCAGCAAAAUUAACAAAAGUGUCAGUGAAACUGACAAAUCUGAUAAUGGCAGCAAUAUUGACAUGGAGGAAAAUAGUAUGAUGUCUUCCAUAACCAAUCUUGACUCACCCGUGGAUGAAGAUGUUGAUCAGCUCAACAGCUUACUUGAAUCAUGCUCAACCUGGAAUUCUAAUACCUCAACUACUCACUCAUUCCCAGACCUUCAGGCAAUGGUGUUACUUGCUCUGCUAUCCCGUUUGAAUGCACUCUUGAACUACCAGAGCAGAAAGAAGUACAAGCUCCCUGUACUUACUUCAACAUCUGUGAUGAUUGAUUUGCCCAAAAACAAGUCUGUCUUGGCAUAUGUAAACAUGCCCUCAGAUCACUUGAAGUUACUUGCCACAAACCCCAUGAAAGCAAAGUCCAUAUUUGCUAUACCUGAUUGUAUGUCAGACCAGUUCAUAUGCUUACAGCAAGACUUUUGGUCUGGGGAUGUUGUUGAGUUUGCUGGUGGCCCUGCCAAUGCCCAUUUCUUAGUAGAGUCUUUUCAUAUGAUAGGCAUCUCUGCUGUUAUAAGAGUCAAGAAAUUACUCUGGGUUGAUGCUUCUCCUAUCAAUAUUGAUUUUUGCUUCAGUAUGUCCUCAGGGAAGAUUGACCCCAUACUUCCAGUUCACCGGUCCUUGCUCCUAGUCCCCCAUUUCCUGAAAUGGUGUAUCACUCAAGGUCCUGACAACCCAAAUAACGAAAACCAUUUUUACAAGGUCAGGAUUGCUCCAAUAACACUCUUUACCGAUGACACGUCAGGAAGCCGGUCGAAGCAGUACGAUCCUUACAAAAGUUGGUCUAUGAAGUGUGCAGCUCUUUUCUUUAAAGAGAGGUCUUCAAUAGAGAACAUCUACUUCCUAUCUGCAAUCCCAAAGAAAGAUGAUGCAAGUGGAAUGUCAUUACUCCCUGUCUUUGUCAAAGCCCUCACGAUGCUUGAAAACAGACUGGUAAUGUUCUUGGCUGAAGACAACAAACAUGUCUUAGUCGUAGCACCACUUUUUUGGAUUGAGGCUGACACACCAUAUCAUUCCAAAAUAUGUGGUUUACAUGUCCCUACUUGUUUGUAUUCAUGCCAUAAAUGCUACAUAAUGUUACAAAGAACCACGGAAAAAUUGAAGAAUAAGAUACACUAUAUGGGUAGUCAUGCUAGCAGAACCAAGGAAUAUUACCAGAUUGCUGCAUCUACCCCAGAUAGAAGUUCAAUUAUACCAGAUGCUCCCUCAACUGGUAAAAACUUUAAGGCAAGUGAACUAAGCUUCAGAUAUAGGGCAACGGAUAUACUUUUACAUCUGGAUUCGUUUGAUCUAUCGACCAAUACACCUAUAGAAAUACUACAUAACAUUCUUCUUGGUGUUGCAAAGUACUUGGUGACCGAUUUGGUAAAUGGCGUUCUAAAGGGACACCCCGGUUUACUGAACAAGCUAAUGAACUCUUUGAAGGAGUAUAGGAAAUCUCAAGGUUUAUCACAAAAGUUUGCUAGACUCCUAGGACAUUGCAGCUUGUUCCUUGGAAGAGAUUUUAAGAUUCUUAUACAAAUCCUUCCCAUUGUCUUGGCUACCAAGUUUAAUUGUGGUAUCAAGAGUCAUAAGUCAUAUACCUUGAAGCCAAAAGUAUAUCUGCUCACGCAUCUUCUUGACAACUUUUGGAGAUUUGAAACUGCUUUAUAUUAUGAAACCAAAAAAAGGUUAAACAUCUCAAGAGACAUAUGUCUCAAGUUUGCCAAGCUAGCAGUUAUGAGACACAUCAUUGAUGAUGUCUCAAAGUAUUUCUAUACAUCUCUAUUCUCAAAUAUUUUAUUUUUCUAUUGUUUCGUACCUGAAAUACCACAUCUCUCACCUUGUAAUAAUAUUUUUGGAGUAUUCGCACUCAAGGAGAGUAGAGACCAGCCAGUUCAUUAUAUUAUUGAAAAGGUCUCCUCUCUGAGAGUAGAGCACUACAGAGUUGAGAGUAGCGUUCACAGUCAAGAGAACAAUUUUUUCCUGACACAAAGGUUCUCUAAUAAUCUAACUACUCUACUCAAUCAAUUGACAAUGAUUUGCAAACUUGAUAUACACAUUCAUUAUGAUAGCAAUCUUGUAAUUAAUCUCAACAAGCUCGGAUCAUAUUGGUUUUUUGCCUCCCAGGUAUACAAUAGGUGGUAUUAA